CGAACGCGUACACGAACCCAACACACCGACUCAGCUCAGCAGUAUUGCUAGUAUAUCAAUAAUUUUACGGGCCCUGUUGCUGGUAACCCACCAAUUUGUAUCUGUCCUGAUGACCACAACAGUAAGAAGUGCCAUCUGCAAGGUCAAACAGGAACACUGCUGAUAUUGGGCAUAUCCGUCAAGAAACACCACUGUUCGUCAUAGAAAGAACCCAUACCUACUUAUCUGGUGUAAUAAAAACCUUCAUACCAGAGAUGUUGCCUGAAGCUGGACCAAAUACCCAUUGAAGGAUGUAACUGAAGAAAAUAAUGAAGAUUUGUUUUUAUUGUAAUUGAUGAUAAUACGUCCUAUGUUGUGAAGAGGGACUAAAUUUUCUGUGAAAAAAAUGUCAGAGAUUCCAGUUAGCAGGAAGCCUAAGAAUCAUGAGUGUUCCUUCUGCAAAAAGAAAUUUUUAUACAUAACAGAAAUGAAAAGGCACUAUCGAUCUCACACUAAGGAGAAACCAUUUGUUUGCAAAGAGUGUGGUAAGGCUUUUUCACUUGUUAGUAAUCUUAGCAGGCAUAAAGGAGUUCAUAGUGGCUUGAAGCCCUUUGAAUGUGCAGAGUGCUCGAAGAGAUUUUCAGAGAAAGGAUCCCUCAAAAAACAUAUAGCUAUCCAUACUGGUGAAGAACCCUACAAAUGUGCAAUAUGUGAAAAAAAGUUCACUCAGAAGGCACACUACAGUGCGCAUAUGUAUCAGCAUACAGAUGAGACACCAGUUCAAUGCUCUAUUUGCCCUAAAAGGUUCAAAAAUCAAAUUAGAUUAUCCAUUCACUUGAGGACACAUUGUGAAGACCGACAUUUUAAAUGCUCAGUUUGUGAUAAAGCCUUCAAGACAAAAGGAUCGCUUAGUAAGCAUGGUCUCGUUCAUAGUAGCAUGUCAUUUAAAUGUUCUCUCUGUGAGAAAACAUUUAAAAGAAAAAGGUCUCUGCAGCUUCAUGUGAGGUGUCAUGAAAAAAAGCUUCAGGUGCGUAAGGGUGAAUCGCUUUUAGAAGAGGAUGUUUCAGACCAUGCAUCCCAUAAGCCAUCAUUUGAAUGUCCUCAGUGUGGGAAAACAUAUACAAGAAAUCAUACUCUAAAGUGUCAUAUGAAGUGUCAUGAUGAAAGAAAGUAUCCAUGCCAUAAUUCAUCAUUUGAAUGUUCUCAGUGUGGAAAAACAUUUACAAGAAAACAUACUCUAAAAUGUCAUAUGAAAUGUCAUGAAGAAAAAAAGUUUCAAUGCCAUAUUUGUGAGUCAGCAUUUUUCGAAAGUUAUUCUUUGGAAAAGCAUGUUUUAGACCAUGCAACUAAAAAAUACCGGUGCCCAGAUUGUGGAAAAUUAUACUUGACCCAGGACACUUUCAAUUACCACCCUUGCAGAAAUUCUGCAAGACAAACUGUAUGUAAGAAAUGUAAUAAAACCUUGAAUAAAAAAUAUGCAGCAAGCAGACAUGUAUGCAAAGGUAACGAAGACAAGAUAACUGACUCACAAGGUAACGAGGACAAGAUAACUGACUCACAAAACAAUUUGUUGACACACAAGCAAGUAAAUGAGCAGGAACCACCCAGAAUUAGUGUAACGUGUAGUUCCAAUAAAGAAAACAGGUUGAAUUGCAAAAGCACUCAGAAUACUGAAGACGAUGGGAUAUCAACUGAGUCUCAAUACGUUAACAAUAUAAUUUAUGUGAAAAUGGAAGAAUUCAUUUUACCAGAUGAUUAUCAAGACACUCCUCUGGAUGAGCACAGAGCUGCAGAUCCAAAGGAUGACCCACUCUGUAGUGAUGUUGAAACAAUGUUGAAUACAGAUACCAAAGAUAAGAAUGUAGAUACUUGUCCUGAAGACAGAGGGGAUAAUCAGAGUAACAUGAUCAAGAUUAGUGAAAAAGUAAUUCCAAAAAGGGAACCUGCUGACUUGUGCUUAAAUUUUCACAUAAAACAAGAUGUUGAAAGUACUGAUCCAUUUGUUGUUAUAAAAUUCAUUUUGUGCCCUUUUUGUGGCCUGGACCCCGCCUCUAAAAUUCCUAGUUGCGCCCCUUACCAUACUAAUCUACAGUGCUCUACAACCUUUGACAUCUAA